AUGGCAUGCAAAAAUGAAGACAACCUAAUGAAUGCUAAAGAAGAUGCAAUGGUUAAAUCAGAUGUGGUAAUGGGGAUCCGAAAUUGGCCAAUUCGUAAUUUAUUCACAUCAAUAAGUGAAAUACUCUCCAAAUCAGUUCAACAAGACUGUUCGAAUGAAUUGAUCACAGUCCAGGUAGAUCAAAGUAAAACAUCAAAGGGAUGGGUCAAGUAUGUCCGCAAAUUCAGAUCCCACACUUUCCUGCAUAUAAACGACGGCCAUAGCCACAACAAACUUCAAAUCGUAGUCCAAGACCCCCACCUCAAAGAGUUGGUCCUCAGUUCUCUAUUUAAAGGGAAGGCUUUAUCAGUCGACUAUUUAAGAAACUUCCCUCAUCUCCGGCCCAAAACUGAUUUGUUUUCGUCGAUUUUACGUUGCCGCAGUGAAUUGACGUGGCUCACCCACAAUUACUUCAAAAUUAGUCGGCCCAUUAUGUAGAAACACAACUUUGUGCUCAUAAAUUGUCCCGUCCUCACCAGAAACGACUGCGAGGGGGGCAGCAACGUGUUCUCGGUCGAGGGAUGUCCCGUCUCCCAGGGCGAGACCUCAAAUAAAAGAUUUUUUGAAUUUUUGGUCUAUUUGACUGUUUCUAGUCAACUCCACCUCGAGUCAGUUUCCAAGGUUUAUUGCCUUGGUCCUGUGUUCCGGGCAGAUUAUUCGGACAGUAGUCGACAUCACUUGGCAGAAUUCUACAUGCUUGAGGCCGAAAUGGCAUUUCUGGACUCCUUGGAACAACUAAUGAGCGUUGUGACUCUCAUUGUUAACAUAGUUUGUCGAAAAUAUGAUUUCUGUCAUAUCUUCUCAGCUGAUUGCGUCUGUGGAGAACGACAUGGCCACCAUCAGCGCACACCACGACUCAGUCAAAGUACAUCAAAUAAUAGAUUUAAAAGACAAGUUCGGAAGGGGGUCGACAUUUCGAAGGAGCACGAAAUGUUUUUGUGUGACUAUUUUGGAGGAUCACCCGUGUUUAUAACUGAUUUUCCAGCCGAAAUGAAAUCAUUUUAUGUCAAAAAGUCCCCAACCGGCCUAGUUUUGGGGCCUGAUGUCGGGGAGAUUGCUGGAGGUUCUCUUCGGGAGAUGGACGAGGAUGAAUUGUUGGGAAGGAUGGACGGGUUUGAGGAACAGACGAGGCAGAAUUUGAAUUGGUACCUGGAAAUGAGGCGACAUGGCUGUCCUCCUCACGGGGGCUUUGGACUGGGAGUGGAAAGACUUCUGCAGUCUUUUCUGGGAAUAAAAAACAUCAGAGACGUCACCCUAUUCCCCCGUUAUUCUAAUUCGUGUGUUUUUUGA